UAUAAUCCCACAUUUCGAUACUUACCUCAUUGUUGAAAGACAUUUGGGUUGCAAUGGCACAAGCAAUGGCAUCGAUGACUGGUUUACGUGGCUCUUCACAAGCUGCGUUGGAAGGUAGUCUCCAACUCAGCGGCCAAACUCGGUUGAACGUUGCUAGCACCAACAGGUUGGCUGUGGCUAGACCUGGUUUUACCGUUAGAGCUCAACAGGUCCCUGCCGAGCCUGAAACUGGACGCAGAGCUGUGCUGGGUCUUGUUGCUGCUGGUUUGGCUACUGGCUCCUUUGUUCAAGCUGUGCUUGCUGAUGCACGAAGCAUCAAGGUUGGCCCGCCUCCACCGCCCUCCGGUGGAUUGCCCGGAACUUUGAAUUCCGAUGAGCCAAGAGACCUUGAUCUGCCGUACAAAGAUCGGUUUUUCCUCCAACCAUUGACUCCGGCACAAGCGGCUCAGAGGGCAAAGGAAUCAGCCAAAGACAUCCUUGGUGUCAAGACCUUGAUCGACAAAAAAGCAUGGCCCUAUGUCAUGAAUGACCUUCGUCUCAAGGCUGAGUACCUCCGCUUUGACCUUAAAACUGUUAUUUCUUCCAGGCCCAAAGAUGAAAAGAAAUCUCUCGAUGAACUCACUAAAAAGCUCUUCAAUACCAUUGAUGGACUUGACCAUGCAGCCAAGAUCAAGAGCACCCCUGAAGCAGAAAAGUACUAUGCUGAGACUGCAUCAGCUUUGAAUGAAGUUAUUACCAAGCUUGGCUAAGGGAUUAAUUGUUGUAUUUUGAUGUAAGCAUUGUUGAUCGUUUGUAGAGAAGCUUUAAUUUUUAUGCUAUCCAAAAAGAAUCUUUAUCUAUGGUCGAAAUUGAAAUUUCAAAUUGUGAUAUUAAUAAGGUGAAAUUUAAUUUUUGUAUUUUAA